AUGCUUCCAUCAAUUCUCUUCUUGUUGGCAUCUUAUGCUGCUGCUAUGCCAAUUCCAGUUCCUGAUGAUGACGAUGUUGUCUAUGAGGUUGUUACUGCUCCUACGCUGACAGUUUACCAGCCCACAGGUACCGUCACCACUACACUUCCGCCAGUGCAAGUGAUUGUCUCCAAUGGUGUGGUUUACACAGUAACUCCUCCUGUGCCAGGCUCUGGUCCAGUCGGGCAAGCCAACAAUAAUGCUGUCAAGAACAACAACAACGCAAUUCCCACCGUUGCACCUACCUUGACAGAGGUUGUCGGUACCCAAUACACCACUUUCAGAACAUCAACCAGUCCUCCAAACUGGGGCGUUCCAUCAUCUUCGUCUAACGCGAAUGCAAACACUCCUAGUCCAAGCACUAGUCCUAGCCAGGUUGCUUCUACCAGCUCUGCCACCACAACACGUGCACCAACUACAAACCAGAGCGGGAACAACAACCAAAACACACAGAGCACACAAAACACACAAAACACACAAACUUCUAGCUCGAGCACUAGUUCUGACGGCGUGACUACUACUUCCUCAACCGCCAGUUCUAGUAGCACUUCCUCAAGCAUCACUUCAUCCACUUCCAGUGACGGUCAACCAACAUCCUCUUCGACUUCCGCUACUUCGCAGAGCUCCUCUUCUUCCAGCUCCUCUUCCUCCAGCUCCUCUUCUUCCAGCUCUUCCUCUACUUCAUCACCAUCUGGUCUCAUUGCUCCUCCUAAGGUGAUUGUGUAUUCACCAUUUGCCAAUGACCGCUCUUGUAAACCAUACGAUGUGAUCAAGUCCGACUUGCAAAUGCUCGUUUCCAAAAAGAUCUACGAAAUCAGACUGUACGGUGUUGACUGUUUGACGAUGUCUGCUGUUCUUCCUCUCUGUCAACAGCUUGGUAUUAAGCUCAACCAAGGUUUCUGGAUCACCGACGCUGGUGUCAACUCGAUUGACAACGAUGUUACCCAGAUCAUUCAAUGGGCUCAAAAGAACGGUUGGGGUAUCUUCGAUGUCUUCACUAUUGGUAAUGAGGCCGUCUUGAGUGGUUUUGUUUCCGCUAGUGAUUUGAUUUCCAAGAUUUCUGAGGUGAAGACUCGUUUGAGAAACGCUGGAUUCGGUGGCAUGGUCACUACUGCUGAGCCUCCAGCCAUUUUCUUCCAACACCCUGAAUUGUGUACUCAAUCUGCCAUCGAUUUUGUCGGUAUUAAUUCUCACUCAUACUUCAACCAAGACUUGUUCGCUGAUCAAGCCGGUCAAUAUGUUACAAUGCAACAAGGCCAGAUUGCUCAACUUUGCUCCAAACCAGUCGAAAUUGUCGAGACUGGAUAUCCUAGCGCUGGUAUUGUCAACGGAAACAAUGUUCCUUCCAUUGAGAACCAGAAGAUAGCUAUUAAGUCUAUCAUGGAUGCAACUGGCGGUGCUGUCACCAUUUUGACCACUUUCGAUGACUACUGGAAGGACCCAGGUCCUUUUGGUAUCGAACAGUCGUUCGGAAUGAUCGAUUUGGUGUUUUAG